UACCAAGUUUCUUCCUAUAAAUAGAGCAAUAAAGUUUCACCUUCACUCACACACAAAAAUCCUCCUUUGAAUCAUAAGAGAAACAAAGACAUUCUCUUGAAUCGCCAUGACCAUGAAGAAGGACUCCAUUGUUCUGUACUCAGCUUUGGGAAGAGGACACCUAGUUUCAAUGGUGGAACUAGGCAAAUUCAUAUUAUCCCACCACCCUUCUCUCUCAAUCAACAUCCUCUUCCUCACUCCACCCCCUAACCAAGACACCCCCACCUCCCCCACCGCCUUCACCUGCGCCGCCACCGCUAAAUACAUUGCCGCCGUCACAGCCGCCACCCCCUCCAUCACCUUCCACCGGAUCCCCCAGAUCUCUCUCCCCACCGUCCUCCAUCCCCAGGCCCUUAACUUCGAGCUCUGCCGCGCCACCACCCACCACUUCCGCCGCAUCCUCAACUUAAUCUCCCACUUCUCGAACCUCAAAGCCGUCGUCCUAGACUUCAUGAACCACACCGCCGCACGUGUCACCGACGCGCUGCAAAUCCCCACGUACUUCUACUACACUUCCGGUGCCUCCACCCUCGCCAUUCUCUUUCAGCAAAUCAUCAUUCAUGAAAGCACUACAAAGUCCAUGAAGGACCUCAACAUGCACAUCACCAUCCCCGGGGUUCCCACGAUCCACACCGAUGACCUCCCUGAUACGGGAAAGGAUCGUCAAAGCGAAAGUUGCCAGAUUUUUAUCGACAUAGGGAAAUGCAUGAGGGACAGUUGCGGGGUUAUAGUAAACAGUUGUGAUGCCAUCGAAGGGAGGGUCAUGGAAGCGUUCAACCAAGGGUUGAUGGAAGGAACCACGCCACCCGUGUUCUGCGUCGGGCCUGUGAUUUCUUCCGAGCCUUGUAAAGGGGACGAUAAUGGGUGUCUGAGUUGGCUCGAUUCGCAACCGAGUCAAAGUGUGGUGUUUUUGAGCUUUGGAAGCAUGGGAAGGUUUUCCAGGAAGCAGCUGAGAGAGAUCGCUAUUGGGUUGGAGAAGAGUGAGCAAAGGUUUUUGUGGGUUGUGAGGAGCGAGUUCGAAGAGGGUGACUCGGGGGAGCCACCGAGUUUGGACGAGUUGCUGCCAGAGGGGUUUCUGGAGAGGACAAAAGAGAAGGGGAUGGUGGUGAGAGACUGGGCCCCACAGGCGGCGAUUCUGAGUCACGAGUCGGUGGGUGGGUUCGUGACUCACUGCGGGUGGAACUCGGUGUUGGAGGGUGUGUGGGAAGGCGUGCCCAUGGUGGCGUGGCCUCUGUAUGCAGAGCAGAAGCUGAACAAGGUGAUUUUGGUGGAGGAAAUGAAGGUGGGUUUGGGUGUGAAGAGGAACAAAGAAGGGUUAGUGAGUUCUACCGAGUUGGGAGAGCGAGUGAAAGAGCUGAUGGACUCGGACAGAGGGAAAGAGAUUAGACAGAGAAUUUUUAAAAUGAAAAUCAGUGCCAAAGAAGCAACGAGUGAAGGUGGAUCUUCUGUGGUUGCUUUGAACGAGUUAGUGCAAAAAUGGAAAGCACACUAACUCAGGUAAUGCUUGUGCAAUUAUUCUGCUAAGCAUAAUUUAUUCAGACUUAUUGUGUGAUAAUAAAAAUUAAAUCAUUACUAGAAAAGUGUGAGAUUCAGAAAAAAGAGGAUGAUAAGUUAUCUUGUAAAUUCUCAAUGUUGAUUACUUUAAAAUGAUGUUUCAAGUUUAGAUUGUCUUGAGAA